UAUUUUGAAAUACUACGCGUUGUCACGGGAACUUACUUGUUAUAAAAUGCAAGUUAAUUUAACACUUGAUCUGACUCCGUAUACAAUUUAUAUCUUAGAGAUUUUAAUUCAGUUCAAUGAGAAUCAUAAAGCGCUCAAUAAUAGCUCGUUAAAUAUUAAACGAAAAUAUUGACAUUCCAUCACAAAAGGAUAUAUAAUAACAUGGAAUGGAAAAUGUUGAAAAUGGUGUAUUAUAUCUAGUUAAAGUGAUUGGUUAAUAUUAAAGAGGAUUUUUAUUAAUAAAAGCAUACACAUUUUAAACCAUGGGGAUGGGAUUGAGACGGGGAGGGCGCGGAAGGCGCGCUGGUCGUCGACACCGACGAGUUGGCUUUGGUAGAAGGCGAAAUAGGUUUGGCCGUCGGCGUCGGGGUAGAGGUGGAGGCCUUGGUUUACUAUUUCUCUGUUGCAUGGGUAGAUCAAGAAAAAAUGUCAGUUAUGGACAGGACAUCCAACACUUACAACAACAACAAAUGAUGAUGAUACAGGCUAUAAUGGCACAACAACAGCCUGGCCAACAACAACAAAUGUUUGGACAACAACAACAAAUGUUUGGACAAACACAACAACCAUUUGGACAACCACAACAAAUGUUUGGACAACCACAACCAGUUGGACAACAACAAGAAAUGUUUGUUCAACAACAACAACAACAACAACAACAACCAUUUGGACAACAACAACAACAACAACCAUUUGGAGAACAACAGUACGGUGUGACGCCUAUUGGUAUGCCAGCUGCGCAAGGUUCUCCUCUGGCUUACAACGAAGAGCAUGUUAAAGAAUUGCAAUCCGAACAAAUGGAACUUCUUAAUGAAAUUAUGAAAAGACAAGCGGAAGAAAAAGAUCCAGUAAAACUCCAGGAGUUAUUCAAUGAACAAAACAUGCUUUUGGCACAAAUGAGUCAGUUACAAUCAGCCGGUUAUGCUUACCCGGAACCUUUGCCGGCGCCCGCCCAGGCACAGCCUUCGCAAGAGGCGCCAAUGCAGUCUUAAAAUAAUAAACUUUUUCUACGUUUUCUACGUUCUUCCAUUGCUCAACACGUUAUACAAUUUACAUGAAUAUAUGAAAUUUUAGAAUGAACUGUUCUGCUUUACUCACUCAUUUCAUUUAUUAUUUUGUUUACAAUUGUUUUAUACAUGUAUAUGAAUUUUUUAUGUAUAUGAAUACUGCACAUUUGUAAGGUCGUUUUUCAUUGGAUAAUUGUGACGAUUAUAUAUAGUUUUAUACACACGGCUGCAGUCAAUUUAUGAAGAAAUCACAAUUUUUCCUCUCAAAAAGGAAGUUUGCUGUAUCAUAAAUUCGUUAUGAAGAUUUUUUGAUUGGUUGUAUAUGAUAUAACGUUUUAUGUAGGCCCAUAUAAUCUGUCAAAAAUCGUUAUAUCUAUUAAAUAUAACCAUUAAAUGUGCAUACAUGUACUUCUGUAUUGAUUUAUCUGCUUUACUUAGUAAAUGUUCAAAGGUUAUUAUUUAUUGAUGUACGUUUAUUGUUUAUUUCAUCUGAUACGCAGCAACUGUCAAACGCAAUAACAUUUUAAAUGUAUUCAGUUUCAAAUCGAUAUUUACAUCGAGACGUGAAAAACUAAACGUGAAACAAUACUUGGAUUUGUUAAUAGUAUAUAUGCUCGUGAAGUUGGCAGCCUGGCAGCAUGAA